GCCAGCAGCGUGUAAACGUUUCAUUAUAAGUACUAUGAAUACGGACGUAAGUUUUUUCUAAUGGCAACCCUACUAACUGUUGUUGGCUUACAUUGACAUUUCAACAUCGUUAACAAACCUAACCUAUAAUUGGAGUUGCAAUCGUAUUGUUUUUAGUUUAUUUACAUUAACUAUUCUUUAUGUAGUUGAGUUGUUUUCUAUAGUGUGAGUGUUAUACAAUACCUACCUACCGGAUAUAUAUAAAUCAAGAACAAUGGCGCCAAGAAGAAGAGUCACAGACAAACAGCUAGACAUUCUUCUGAGCUUCGUGGACAAAUGGCAGAAGAGUUCUCUGGACGACACUGACCGAAGCGGGGGCCCGCUGGCGAAGGAGACACGGCAUCGGCGCUGGGCGGGGCUGGCCAUCCGGCUCAACGCCAUCGAGGGAGGCGUGGUCAAGUCCGCUUUUAAGUGGCGAAGGUACUGGAUCGAGUUCAAGAACACCACCAAAGCCAAAGCCGCGGACCGACGGCGCCAGCUGGGCUACCGCGACGAGAACAGCCAGCUGCAGAGCCUCGACAGGUUCGCGCUAAGGGCCCUCGCCAUCAUGGGCCUACCGCCGCCUGGUGACAGCCAGGAGUUCCCGGACGCCGAGGCAUCGGAGUUGUCCUCGCUGGAAGACUUUGGCCCGAACCAGCCCUUGAGUCAGGGAGUGGACGCAUCGGGAGAUCCGCUAAUAGUUAUAGAGAAUCUGGACUACCCCGACCACGAUUACGUAGUGCAAGAGGUGCCAGUUGAAUCCUACAUCGCGGAAGACAAAAACGAACCAGAAUCAGAACCGGAAGCGACGAACAACGACGCAACGACCACGGAGAACGAACCUCGGGGUGACAGCUUCAAAAUGCAAACGCCGCCGUCGCUCGCCAGUGCGGACGUGCCGGCGUGGGCCUACGAGCUGGAGCUAGGCCGGCUGCGGAUGGAGACCGAGAUCGCGGGGCAGAUGGGCAGCCUCGUGCGAGUCAUGGAGCGAAUCGUCAAUACACUCGACACCAAGUUGACGGCGAUACACGACGCUGUCAGGAAAAUUGCUAGUAAAAAAUAACGUUGCGGCCUAAGGGUGCUUACAUAGAGAAUGGGGUUCCUUGUACCUACCUGUAGCGGUAACCUGAUUAUGCGAAAGCGCUCAUGACAUUAAAAAAACGUUUCGUGUCAGUGAA